CCAGGUUGAUGUCAACAUGGCAUUUCGCAGUACUGCCGAGGAAAUGGAAAGCUUUCAGCUCUCCGACAGUGAGUCGGACGACCUCUGGAACUCGCCGUCCCAACGCACCCGCCGGGAGAUCUUCCCGAAACCAGCCAACGAAGCCAGCACUACUACUCCCCCGCCGCGGCCUUCUCACGAUGAAGAGACGCUCUUUGGCCAGGAAGAGGCACGGGAGGCUGCAUUGCGGAAUGAGCUGCAAAGUGUCCGAAAUAUUAAUCAGAUAAUUGAGGGCUUGCUUGGCAGCCUUGAUAGUGCCAAGGGGAACAUGGAUACUGUUUCUCGUACCGUUGACUCCGCAUCCACGUUGCUGAACACCUGGACCCGAAUCCUGGCGCAAACCGAGCACAACCAGCGUUUGAUCCUCAAUCCGAAUUGGCAAGGUGCUGUCCAGGAUGUCGCCGACAUGGAAAACGAGGAAGCCCUCAGGCAGCAGGCAGCUGAGCGACGCGAACGGGAACUGCAACAGCAGCGAGAGGCUGCUACCCGACGAGCGGAGGAGGAAAGGAGAAGAGCGCAGACGACAACGACGACCAGAGGCACGCGGGGUACAACUCGAGGAAGGGUACGUACUGGGGGCUUGGGAAGGACACCGAGUGUUUCUUACUCCGGUACCAGUAGUGGGACAAGAACGACGUCGUCCACGGCCAAGGGAUCCAGUAGCACAUCUACACGGAGGCCAGUCAGUGGGAUUGCAAGAGGGCCGGGAGUGGCGCGUGGUCGCGGUCGGACUUAGACAACUUUGGGACGCGUCCAAGACCGCAAUUCCUCUCUGUAUAGUACGAUGUCAUUUACGAAACGAACCUGAAUGCAAAUGAAGAUACCCU